CAUCUCCCUUAGCCUCCUGAGUGGUAUAUCAUCAACUUUGGGUUGCUGAGUGGAUUGCCAUCCGUGUAUAUAAAACUUGACAUCUCAAUAAAUAAGAUUCUCAGAAAACAUCUAUGUCAGAGACAGUGGGCAGUAAAUAGAUGAAGCCAAAGAUGAGUGAGACCAGAUGAUGCUUCAAGAGCUUACAGGCCCUGUGGGAGGAAGCAGGCUGCUACCAUGAACAUGGCCACGAGUGUGGCAGACCUUCUGGCUUUGAGCCAGCAGGAAGAACUAGUGGAUUUGCCAGACAACUACCCAUUGAGUACAAGUGACGAUGAGGGGGACAGUGAUGGAGAACGGAAGUGUCAAAAGCUCCUGGAAGCAGUCAGUUCCCUUGGUAGAAAGAAUAAAUGGAAGUUGGCAGAGAGAUCUGAGGCUAGUCUGAUGGUGUCAGAGUUCAAUGUCACUUCGGAAGGAUCAGGUGAAAAGCUGGUCCUUUCCGAUUUGCUUGGGUCUGCUACAGCAUUAUCUUCAUUGGCUGCUGUGAAGAAACAGUUGCAUAGAGUCAAGUCAAAGACUCUGACCAUACCCCUUAACAAAGAAGAGGCUGACCGGACCUUCAGGGAAGCAGCAUUCAGCAAAACCUCACAAAUGCUCUCCAGGUGGGAUCCUGUCGUUCUGAAGAACCGGCAGGCAGAGCAGCUGGUUUUUCCCAUGGAGAAGGAGCAUCCAGCUGUUGCUCCUAUUGAACAUGUGUUCACUGGCUGGAAGGCAAGAACCCCCCUGGAACAAGAAGUUUUUAACCUUCUUCAUAAGAACAAGCAGUUAGUAACAGACCCUUUAUUGACCCCUGUGGAAAAAGCCUCAGUCAGAGCCAUGAGCCUGGAAGAAGCCAAGAUACGCCGAGCAGAGCUUCAGAGGACGCGAGCUCUGCAGUCCUAUUAUGAGGCUAGAGCUCGAAGAGAGAAGAGAAUCAAGAGUAAAAAGUAUCACAGAGUUCUAAAGAAGGGAAAGGCCAAGAAAGCCUUAAAAGAGUUUGAUCAGCUGUGGAAGGACUGCCCAAGUGCUGCAUUGCAAGAACUGGAAACCAUGGAAAAGGCCAGAAUGACAGAGCGGAUGAGCCUAAAGCACCAGGGCAGUGGGAAGUGGGCAGCGUCAAAGGCAAUCAUGGCCAAGUAUGACCGGGAGGCUCGGAAAGCUAUGCAAGAGCAAUUGGCUAAGAACAGAGAACUGACGCAGAAACUCCAGGCAGUUCCAGAGAGUGAGGAAGAGGACGGAUGCACAGAAGAGGGAACAGUCCCUGUCCCAGAUGGACUGGAUGACCUACAGAUGAAUGCAGAUGGCGUAAAUCCCUGGAUGCUUAGCUGCAACAGCAGUGCGAAAAGGCGUGAGAGCAAGACAGACCCUGAACAGUUGCCCGAAUUUGUGGUCCCUGCCUCUUCUGAGAGUGCCUCUUCUGAGAGUGCGGGAGAUGAAAGACCAGCUGCAGAACUAGUGUUGAAAGAAAGAUCCUUUCAAGAAAGAAUUGACCCCAACAAUGCUAAUCCAGUGGGUGGCCAAGAAACAGAAGACUCUAAUAACCAGGAGGUAUUAUCUGAAUCGAGAGUAGAGAAACUGAGCAAGGAAAGUCAUCAAUCUGAGAAUCAAAAAGUGGGUUCAGAGGAAACUGUUCUCCAUAUCCAUAGAGAGGCCGUUGCCUCAGAGAAGUUCUUGGUGCUUCAAAGGUUAGAGAGAGCACAUGUUCUGGAACAAGGGAAGUUGGGCAAAGAGGAACAUUAUCCAAAAAAGGGGCUUUCCAGACCUUUGUUGAAAGGGGAGUGGAAGGAGAUGAACCCACCUGCCAACCUUAAUGCCUCUGGAAGGAAGAAAAAGAAGGAACAAAUGCUAGAUCUACAAACCCUCCUAACUAUUCCAUCUCCUUCUGUGAAGUCUUUGGCAGUGCCCACAGUACAGGAGUUGGAAGAUGAAGCGGAGACAGCUCACAAGCAGCUAAUAAAGGAAGCUUUUGCUGGGGAUGAUGUCAUAAGAGAGUUCUUAAAAGAGAAAAGGGAAGCUAUAGAGGCAAAUAAACCAAAGGACUUGGACCUGUCAUUGCCUGGAUGGGGUGAGUGGGCUGGUAUGGGCCUGAAGCCCAGUGCCAAGAAAAGACGACGUUUUCUUAUUAAAGCUUCUGAAAGUUCUCCAAGACAAGACAAGAAUUUGCCAAAUGUGAUUAUCAGUGAGAAGCGCAACAUCCAUGCAGCUGCUCAUCAGGUGCGGGCGGUUCCUUACCCGUUCACCCACCACCAGCAGUUUGAAAGGACUAUGCAGAACCCUAUUGGGUACAUGUGGAACACCCAGAGGGCCUUCCAAAAGCUGACAGUACCCAAGGUUAGAACCAAACUAGGCCAUAUCAUUAAACCCAUAAAAGCAGAAAAUGUAGGGUACCCCUCCUCAAGAUCUGACCUCUCUAUCCUACAGAGCAAUCGGAAAAAACAGCAAAAACAACUGAAGAAAAGUUCUGCAGAUUGAGCUGCCAGUGGAGUAGCAUCUUUGUUUCUGGGGCUAGGAACCUCUAGUGUUUCUCUUGAUUGCAUCAUCGUGCUUCAGGGACAUUUCCUAAAUCGACAGACUACUGUGUACUAAAGCCACAUUGUAGAGAUAAGGCAUUUUUAUCUAGUAAAGAGUUUAUAUUCCAUUUUGAGAUGAUAAACUUAGAAAUGAUUCAUUCAUGGGAAACAAUGUAGAGUACCUAUAUUGGUACCAAUCCUAGGCUUAGAGAGGGAUGAGUUAUCAGAAAAGUUCAGGUUGGGAUUGGGUAGAGGAAGCAUGGGCAGCAAAAAAUGCUCAAUUAGUUUAGAUAUUAAGUUAAACCCUGAUAUAGUGGCUCAUAUGUAAUCAGCAUUCUGAGAGUAUUCUGAUCAUUUAGUUGAGGCCACAGAAUAAGAACUUUGCUCAGAAAAACAAAGCAAGCCCAAAAGGAUUUUAGGAAGUGUUAACAGGCAGAAGGAAUAAAUAUAGACUUGGAGAAGACAGACAAUGAAGAGGUGAAUUUAAGAAGAAAGUGUGGCACGGCACUACUAAGGUUAUAGUCUGCCAUACACGGAUAGCUUUCCUGAGCUUUCCUGAUGUAGAAUGGUUAGUCUUUUCUACCUGAUAUGGGGAACCUGACCCCAAUCUACCUGAGGAAUGUCAUAUAAUCCUUGGAUGAAAUUACAUUUCCUGGAAUGUCUUUCCAUGCAAAUGAGGUAUCCCCUGAACUUUAAACCUCAGCUAAUGAAACUUCACCUUGCGAAGAACCCCUUCCUACUCUCCAGGAUUAAUAUAUAUAGCCCUUGAUUCACCCAGGCGCAGAAGCUGUUUCAUUGACUACUGUCUAAGAGACCUGUUUUCUAAAAGUUGUGACACUGAUAUCUUCAGAGACUGCCUUCUCCCAGCAUUCCCUGCCAGACCUCAUCCUGCUGACCCACCAGGUCUGCACUUCAGCUUCAUCUUUUUCUGCCUGGUGUGUAAAGAGUUGGAGCGCAGAGCUCAGCUGCAGUCCGUCCUUCCCUACUGGCAUACGUGGGAUUCAGCCUCGCCACAUCCUUUCUUCCCCUUGGUGUCCAACAGGCCCUGGACUUCCCAAGGGAAGAAGUGGAAAGACGGAAGCACAAAGUGUGAAAAAUCAGUUAUGGAGGGCCUUAAAUGUGUUGUGUUGCAGAGAAAAUUAGAAUUAUUCUUUUCAUCUCUUUUCUCUUAGGCAAAGUAGAGGAAAUAAGACUUGGAUAGGGGAUGGUUCUGACAUUUGUGUUAAAGGAGUGAGUGCCAAGCUGGCAGCAUGUAUGCAGGAUGUAUUUUAUAAGCUUCGGGGCAAGAGUUGAAAAUGUCAGCUUUAGAAGUUAGGGUGAGCAUGGCCAGGAGAGCUGCAUGACAGGAAGUAGAAUAAUCAGCUGGCAAGAGUUCUGUGGAGAAUAAGGGAGGAAAGGGGAUUUUAUUGGAUGCCUUGAAGUUUGAGCAGGGUUUUGGACCUGGGAGGAUUUAGCUGUCUUUUUUUUUUUUAUUAUUAUUAUUAUUAUUCUUGGAAAGAUGGAAGGAUAUAUUUAAGUGGGACGGAAAGAAUUCAGGUUUUAGAAAAUUGUAUAUUUUUAAAAAGUAAAGCCAUGCAUGGUGGAACACCCCUGCAAUCCCAGCACUUGGGAGCAGGCAGAAGCAGGAUAGCUGAAAGUUAAAAGCCAGGAAGGGUCUCCAUAGUUCAGGGUUUAAGUAAGAAUCAGAGGAGCGGUGUUGAGGUAGGUAGAUGAUGGCUAGAUGUGGAGUGAGAGGGUGGUAAAGUUGACUCCUUGGAUAUGGAUUCUUGGAUAUGGAUUUAGAAGAAACUCAGGUUUUAUAGUAAUUGGUGCUCAAGAUUUUUAUCCAGAAUGUGGCUGCCAGAUAUUCCAUCUGUGAGUCAGUAGGAGGAGGACUUUGAGGUACUCAGAGGCCAUUAUAACUAUUCAUUUUAAAAAUGUUUUCUACUGGUAGGAAUCUUGUUCUAGGGAUCCACACAUCAAACUUUGCAUUUCUGCCUUUACGUGUUCGGUUUGGGUUUCAGUGAGGUGCUUUUGGUGAACAUAGUGUCUACCAUAAAGGAAUACAUUCUAUGGCAAAAUUGAGUAGGGCAAAUCUGUCAAAAGAGGCUUUAAAUUUAGGAUCACAGGGCUUCCUAAGCUUAUAAAAUAGAUGUGCGCAUAUAUGCUAACAAAUAAACUUGGCCUCAGGAAAUCUAGGCAAUUAUAGUCUAUUCUGCCUCCCCAGUAAUCCCUGUAAUUAAUACUUUUUUCCUAUGGCACUGGGAUAGAACUCACAGACCUUAUGUAUUCUAUUCAUGAUCUCUUUCAACAAGUUAUAUCUGCAGCCGCCUCCCCACACUUAGAACUGUGCCCCUACCAGGGGAGUUUUUUUUCUUUUUUGUUUUAAAUACAAUGUCUUUUUAAGUUGCCAGGCUAGAAAUCGACAUUUAGUUAGGUAGUCCUUGAACUUAGACUUUUAAAACCUGAGUAGGCAGGUUUAUAGGCAUGAAUUACUGCUCAACAAUUCAAUAUAGCAUUUCAGUGCCUGCCUGCACAUGUCCAACCACCUACCCACCCACAAGAUGUAUGUUUCAUCAGGUUCUGUGAUAUGGCCACUAGGGAUGAGUAAUGAGUAACAGACACUUCUUCAUACAUAGAUAAGAUGAGCAGUAAGCAGUUUUAUAAACAGUUAAUUACAGGCACAAUAGGUACUGCUAAGGCAAGUGGUGCUGGACAAAUCCAGGAGGAGAGGGGUAAUAGGGAGGUAGGGGGACGUGGAGCAGGCUAGGCCAGACUUAGAUCAGUUGGGAUGAGGUGGAGAUCUGACAUGGGGAGCACUACACAAGGCCCAGAAGGUGAGUACUCUCUGUGGAGACUCUUAGAUAAAACUGGACCUAAAGUAUCAGAUCAGAGAAAGGUAAAAGGUAAAAAUCCUCUCAAAGGCUAUGAACUGGGGUGGGUAAAUUAGGGAACUUGCAGAUUGUGCUGUGCCAACUGAUCAGUGGUAUCUCAAGUCAGUUUGUCUUGGUCUCAUCACUACAAAAAGAUAAGUUUUAUUACUACAAGACAUGGAAAGAGUUAACAGUUAUCUUGUUAUAAUUAUAUAUUAGGAAUGUUACGAUUUACCAAAGUUAGUUUGGGGCAAAGUAUCUAUAAAAAUGUAACUAGUAUGCCCAAUUAUAAUUUAUUUUAAUAUAUUAAGUUCAGUAAUCUUUUUAGUCAGAUUAUAUAACAUAAUUCUAUAGAGUUGUUUUCUUGUCAUAAAGUUCUCCAGGCUGUCUUCAAACUCACAAUUUCAAAGUCGGCCUACCUGUGCCACCAUGCCUGGUUUAAGUUGUAUGUUUGUUUUGAGUAAGGUCCCACUGUGUAGCCCUGGUUUGCCUAAACUUGCUGUGUAGACUAGCCUGUAUUUGAACUUGUAGCUAUUCUUCUACUUCAGCCCUCCCCAAACCCCUGCCCCCUCCCUCCCUCCUUCUUCUUCCCUUUCCUUCCCUCUCUCCCUCCUUCCCUUCCUUUCUUAUGAAAAGGUCUCUGGAACCCUGGGUGUCCUGGAACUUGUUAUAGACCAGGCUAGCCUGGAGUUGACAGAUUCUCUUCCCUCUCUACCUCUAUGCUGGGAUCAUCAUAAUCCAUGUUUUAGGUUGUAUGUUGGGAACAGAUAAAUUUCAAGUUAGUGUUUGGAUUCUCCAGGCUCUGUUUAGUUUGUUUAAAAAAAUUAUAUACUGGCUCAGUGGUUUAUGAUUUUUAGAUUGUAAAAUUGGUGCCUGUAUGAAUGUGUGGAAAUAAUUUGUUCACAUUUUCUUAUGAGUCUCCUUGAUUAUAACAGUAUAUGUUCUGUAUGAAAAGUAGAAAAUAUGUAAGAACAUAAAGUUAACAAAUUUAGAAAUCAGUUCUAAUUUUGCAUCCAAAAUAUGGCCACUGCUGAUAUUUUUUGUUUGUUUGUUAACAAGUGAAACUACAUUAUGUGUACUCAGUAUUCAGCCUGUUUUCUUGUUAGUAUGUCAUAAGUAAUUACAGUGUUAACAGAUGUUUUAAAUAUUUGUGGUGGCUAUAUAAUAAUCUAGUGAAUGUACGUGUCACAGUAUGUUUGAUAUUUCCCAGUUAUUGUGUAUUUGCCUAUUUCCUUUUGAAUGCCUGUUACAAGUAACUUUUUAAAGAUUCUUAGAAGUGAAGCAUUGGAUAAAGGCUAUGAAUAA